UGAAAUUCAUCAGUUUCAUAAUGUCAUCUGUCAAACAUUUGGUUUAUGCAGUCAUCCAUUUCUUGAGAGAGCAGAGUCAGAUGGAUACUUUCACUCUGGAUGAACAGGAAAGCUUGGAAGUUGCAAUCCAAUGCCUGGAGACUGUUUUUAAGAUUAGCCUGGAAGAUGCUCAUCUUGCACCUCCACAACAUUUGAUAGAGAUGUUCACAAACUCUUUUCACAGGAAUGACAUGCUGCCUCUCUCAGAUUCUUUACCAGAGGAUGUUGAAAAGGCUGACCAGCUGAAGGAUGAAGGUAACAAUCACAUGAAAGAAGAAAAUUACGGUGCUGCAGUGGAUUGUUAUACAAGAGCUAUAGAACUGGAUCCAAACAAUGCAGUCUAUUACUGCAACAGGGCUGCUGCUCAAAGUAAGCUCAACAAGUACAGUGAAGCAAUAAAGGAUUGUAAGAGAGCCAUAGAAAUAGAUCCUAAAUACAGCAAAGCAUAUGGGAGAAUGGGGUUGGCUCUGACCUCAGUGAAUAAAUAUGAAGAAGCCAAUUCCAGUUACCAAAAAGCACUCGAUCUUGAUCCAGAAAAUGACUCUUACAAGUCAAAUUUGAAAAUAGCAGAACAGAAACUAAGAGACAUGUCCAGUCCUACUAGGACUGGACUGAGUUUUGAGAUGGCAAGCUUGAUAAACAAUCCUGCCUUCAUUAGUAUGGCAGCAAGCCUAAUGCAGAAUCCUCAAGUUCAACAACUGAUGUCUGGGAUGAUGUCAAAUGCCAUUGGUUGCCCAGCUGCAAGUGUUGGUGGUCUCUCGAAUUUGUCCAGCCUGAUCCAUGCGGGGCAGCAGUUUGCACAGCAGAUACAGCAGCAGAAUCCUGAGCUCAUAGAGCAACUGAGAAAUCAUGUGCGGAGCAGAUCAUUCAGUGGCAGCACUGAGGAGCAUUCCUGACUUAAAGGAGGCCUAUAAACUGGCACGGUAUAUAACCCCCAAAUGCAUACCAUAGUUAGUAGCAAAAGCACCGUUAUAACUCUUCUGCUUGAAUAGAAGACAGAAAAUUCUUUGUGUGUGUUCUGCAAACAAGAAUAAAUCUGUUAAACAGAUCUAUUGCACAUAACUUGGAACAUACCGUUUAUGUAUAGUUACUCCUCUGAAAAUUAACACUACAUAGACUGAGUGGUUUAUUAAAAUCCCAAAAUUCCUGUCAUUUUCAGUAUGUGCAUUAGAGUGAUCUCUGGAGAGUUUGAGUGAAGGAGUUGUGUGGUGGACUGAUAAGCUUGCGUAAUAGCUUAAUUCUAAGAUCCUAGUGUAAAAAGCAUAUUAU